CGGAAGUGGCGCGAUCAUUUGAAAGCGUGUAAGAGUGUUUCUGUAUCGAUCAUUUAUUUGAACUUUCAGAGGACCGCAGGUGUUGUGACAGGAGCUCAAUGGACUCCAAAGACAAUGAACGUGUUUUAUUCCUUGAGGAAGAAGUAAAGAGUUUAUCUGAGGAACUCAUUCAAUGUCAGGCAGACAAGGAGUUUGUUUGGUCGCUUUGGAAGCGGCUUCAAGUGGCCAGUCCAGAUCUCACCCAGGUUGUGAGUCUUGUAAUGGAAAGAGAGAAGCAGAAAGCUGAGAACAAGGACAAGAAAGUUCUGGAGAUUCUUCAAGCAAAAGAUUACAAAAUCCAAGAGCUGGAGCAGAAAGUGACUGCGCACGAACUGGAGCUAAACAGCCAAGUCCAGCAGCUGCGUGGCAGUGAGGAGGAGUGUGGUCUAAUGAAGAAGGAGCUGGCAAAUCUGCGCCACAGACUGGGGAAUAAGAGUCGACAACUUAAGGAAGUGAGGAGGCAGGCUGAGGCGUGCGUGGAGGAGGGCAGACGGGCCCUCCUGGAAGCCAGGAACCAAUUAGAUGCCCAGAGCUCAUCCUCUCAGGCAGAGCUGGAGAAAGUGCGGGACCUCAACAGUUCCAGAGUCAAGAAGUUGGAAGAGGAAGUGUUCAGAAGCAGACAGGAAGUUCUAGAGGCUCAGAGUCGGUCAACUGCUUUGUCCCUUCAGCUUUCCUCUGUAGAACAGGAAGGCGCGAGCAAAGAAGAACAGCUCUGUCAACUCAAGCGGGAGCUGCAGGACCUGCAGUGUCUGUACAGGCAGAGCGUCGAACAUGCAGGAGAACAGGCCAAUCUUAUACAACAACUGGAGGGCCUUAACCUGGACACGCAACGAGUUUUACGCAGCCAAGAAGAGGCCCACACGGCAGACAGCGUCUCCUACCAGAAGCUCUACAAUGAGCUGAGCGUGUCAUACCAGGCCCUUUGGCACAGCGAGGAACAACUCCGCCAGCGGGAAGCAGACCUCAGCACGCAGCUCAGCCAGAGAGAUCAGCAGAUCCAGGAACUCCGGGCACAGCUGCAGAGUUUCACAGCAGCCGCGGGGCACUGCGAGGAGGUCGAACAUAAGCCGGAUACAUCAUCUUCACCCCUUCUGCAUCCACAGAAAGAGCAGCUUUCAGUUGACAAUCGAAUUACCAGAGGCCCAAAGACACCGCAGCGCUCCAGGUCUCUCUCUCCAGGUGGCGGGACAGACAGACAGGAGCAAAGGAUUCAGAGGCUACAGGAACUACUGGAGCUUAAGACUAAAGAGAAUGCAGAUCUGAGACGAGCCCAUGCCAGACAUCAUGACCGGUUACGUGUGAUUCAGUCCAACUACAGAACCGUGACGGAGCGACUGAAGGAACCUGAGAAUAAUCACAACUUGAAAAGAGACAAGACACUACAGCUGGACAGCGAUGAGGUGUGGCGCGAACUGCUGUUCUAUAAGGAGGAGAACGAGAAGCUAAUCUCUGACAAGGCUGACCUGGAAGAGGAACUGAACGCUCUGUGUCUGCAGGCAGCCCAGGAUAGAGUCACAGUUCAGGACCUACAAGCGUGUCUACAGGAGGAAAAGCAAGAGCUCCUGUUUAGGGAGUUGCAGGAGGAGGAGGUCAGGAGGAGCAGCACCUCCAUCAAGACAACUGCCCGAAGAGUGGAACAGACUUUUAAAAAGAUAGAAGAGUUACAGAGUCAAAUGGUUUCUCUGGAGAGCGAGAUUGUGCGGUUGCGGGAGGAAAAUCAGGUGCUACGGGAAGGGAACGCAGCACUGGCCGGGGAGCGGGAUGAUCUGCAGGCCAGAGUUCAACUCCACCAGCAACGUGCCGUCGCCCGUAAGGAGGCGGAAGAAGCCCAGGCCAGAGCAGAGCAGAACAGAUUGCUUGAUCAGCUGCACGGCUUCAAGACCGAAGCAGAGAAGGCCGUUAAAUCGGCAGCCCAGGCCAGACGCAGGCUACUCAAGCUCAGACAGGAACUGGGAGUCCUGCGAGCAGAGCGAGAUUUCCAUCGGUCUGCAGCUAAACGCAAGGUGAAAGCCGUCACACUGGCUAACAGCAGGAUGGGGUCCAGAACCGGCUGGGUGAAAGCCUCCAACGGAACGCGGGCGCAAUCAAAAUGGAAGAGGAUGGACAGUCCCACCAAGGACGACUGGGAGGACAUGAGCGCAGACAGUGAAAAUGAAGAAUUCUCUGACAGCCUAGAAAGUCGAUACUCCGCUCAGACCCGUCAAGCACCUCAGAAGCCCAAGGGCUGCAGGUACAUGCUGAUCUGCCCCAUAGAAAGGCCUGAGGAGGAUUUGAGCUCAACCCGGACUCAAACUAGAAACAUUCAACGUCAAGAUGUCUCACAGCAGAUGAUGAGGAAGAGGAAGGUAACAAAGCCCACUGCUGUGUUGCGCCAGAGUCUUCUGUCCCUUAAGCAGCAGGUUGCAGCUCUACAGGCCGACAGAAGAGCAGCACAGCAGAACCAAAGACAAGCACAAGUACAAGUAGACUCCCUUCUCCAGCAACUCAAUGCCAGCAAGCAGCUUUCAAAGAAGCAGGCGUGUGAGCUGGCCGGUCUGGAGCAGCAGAAGACGUCUCUGCAGAUGGAGUUCGAGCGGUGGAGAAACAUACAGCAGCAAACAACACUGAACCGCCCUGCUGUGGACCCCGAGCACCUGCAAGCCCAAGUCAAACAGCUCAGCCACCGACUGAAGAGUGCCAACAGUGAGAUGAGCAAACACAGCGCUGCUAACAAGAGCCUGAGGGCACAGUUAGAUGAAAGAGAUCAGACGCUGAAGGAACUGCACGAGAGGGUCAGUGUUUUAGAGAGAGAUGUGACAAUGAAAAGGCAGCUGGUGGAAGAUCUCAGGAGCAGACUGAAGGUUUGCCAGGACUCUGAACGGAGCCACAGAGCAGUGACUGAAGACCUAGAGAAGAGAAUAAAGAUUCUCUCGGAAGAGUCCUCUAACCGAAAAGCCCUGGUCGACUCUCUGAAGAGAAGACUGACAGUUGCCACUGCAGAAAAAAAACAACAUGAGACAACAAGCCAAAAAAUCAAAGAGGAGCUUCAGAAAAAGGAGCAGAGAGUGGCCGCUCUGCAGGUGCGUAUAGGGGAGUGUGAUCAGGCCAUGGUCGAGCUGGAGCGGGCUGCAUCUCAACAGAUGCACGGUUUGGCCCAGCAGAGCACUCAAGCUAUGGAAACACUGCAGAGUAAACUUGCCCUCGCUGAGUCCCAGCUGCACCAACUCCACACAUUUAUUCAGGCACUGGCUCGUGAAGUGGCAAGAGAGGUGCAGGACGCUAAAACCUGUUUGCGGAUGAAGAGGAAGAGACAAAAAGAGGGAAGCAGAGUAUCGAAAUGCUCUCUGGUGAAAGCAGCGUCCAUCCUCAACAUGACGGAGACGGACCUGGUGGACAUGCUGGACACCGAUGAGGAGAGUGAGGAGGCGUGUGCGGGUCAUGGGGCAGACACAAAUUGGACUGAGCAUGUACAACAUAUCCUACAGCAGCAGAUCCCCUCUGCAGGCCUGCUGAUGGACGCCAUGCUGUUGAAGAUGAAGGAAGGCAAAGUGCUGACAGAGAAACUGGCCGCUCUUACAGCUGCAGUCAGCAAAAACGCCUGACCGGAGGAAAAAAGACAGAAAGGGAGCAAGAGACUGUAAUACUUCUGUAAGAUGGAGUGUGCCCUGCGUGGCAGUGGACGCCCCUCGUCUGCGCAGCCACUCCACCCAUUCCUCUGCCCUCACCCUCUUAUAGUCCGAUGCCUUCCAGAGCACAUUGAUUCGUUUUUGGCUGAUAAUGUAAUGCAAAAAGCUUUUAGAUUCUCCUCCAAGAAGCAUUCAUUUGUAAACAAAGAAAAAAUGAUGCACGGCACGAAACACACCGUGACUUUUGCCUCGCAAGAAUUUUGUACCAAUAAAAAUGUGAAAUGCUCAUUGUGUUGGUUUAUGGCCUUCAUCAUCAGCAUAAAGGAAAAGCUUAAGGGGGUUUUUUUAAAGCUAAAA